GAGAGACGCGCGCGUCCCGCAGACAGCGACUCCUCCACUCGCUCGGCGCGUCGCGGAGGAAACAGGACGCAGCUGCUGCAGUUCACGGUCAAACCUCGCACGCUGUUCUUCUGUUCUUCUGUGCUUGUCUCUUUCUUUUUCUUUCAUAGAAAACCUCUCUUUCCCUCCUCCUCCUCCUCCUCCUCCACCGCACUGACGCACCCGCCGGCCGCCUGUUGCGCACUGUGGGUCUGCGUUUGGAGAGAGAGGCGCGCGCCGCCGCCGCGGAGCCAUGGCCGCCAUCAGGGCUCUGGAGCAGUGGUGCCGGCUGCAGGUCGACGGCUACAGGGACGUGUCCGUCACCAACAUGACCACCUCGUUCAGGAGCGGACUGGCCUUCUGUGCCCUCAUACACAAGUACCGACCGGACCUCAUAGACUAUGACUCACUCAGAAAGGAGGAUGUGUUCGAGAACAACAGACUGGCUUUUCAGGUCGCGGAGGAGGAGUUGGGGAUCCCGGCGUUGUUGGACGCAGAAGACAUGGUGGCGUUAAGGGUCCCAGACAGGCUGAGCAUCCUCACCUACGUGUCCCAGUACCACAACUACUUCAAGGGACGGCAACCAAUGGGAGGCGUAAAGAGGCCAGCAGAGGGCUCCAAGGAGGAGCCAUCGGAGAAGAAGAAUCUCCCCGUGGUCGCCAAAACCUUUGUGUCUAAAACCCCCAUUGAGAAUCGUUCACCUUCCAGCCGCACAGCGCAGAGCUCCCCCAAGUCGAGCAGAGCUGCAGCUCAGAAGACGGUUUUGGCAGAAAACGCCAACAAAAGCGGGACCCUCAACAGCAAGUGUGUUGCGUGCAAGAGCCACGUUCACCUGGUCCAGAGGCACUUUGUGGACGGCAAGCUCUAUCACAGGAGCUGUUUCAAGUGCAGCGAAUGCUCCGGCGUGCUCCACGCAGGAGGCUACAGACCUGGGAAGAAUCCGGACACUCUCAUCUGCAACACCCAUCAGAACAGUUGCAAACCGUCCUCCUCCUCCGUGGCAGGAAUCAAAAACGUUCCCGCCGGUUCAGCUGUGCGAUCGACCGGCGCCAGCCAGGCCCAGCCGGCACCACGCCUCCCCUCUUCUGUGCUGUCAGCCCCUCUGAAUGUUGUGCGGAAGCCAGUCAGUCCUACUCCGCCUUCCCAGUCCUGGACGACCUCAGCCCAGAAGACGCAGGUGGACCGGCAGAGGUUUUUCCAGGCUGCGACGCCAGUCACAGAGGCCCCGGCAGGCAACGGGGAGCCCGCGGGGCCCUCCGGUGUUUUGGGGAGGCCAAAGGUCCCACCGAGCAGUUAUGACGAGAAGAGCAGAGUCACGGCGACGACUGGAAAGAAACUGGCAGAAGAAAACCGCAACAAUAACAACAAACGUCCGUUCACCAUCCGCCCAGCAGAGAGACGGUUUGGAGAUGAGCCGAGUCCCGCUGACAGCCCCGCGUUGAGGAAGGAUAAAUGGAGCCAAGGCCCGACAGGAAACUGGGCAGGACAGCCCUCCAGCAGCCAGACGAACAAUAAGGAAGCGCCGUGUCCGAAGGCCGUCGACGGAGGCGACACGAGGCCAACAACUGUACACACCAGCGCCAAAGGUCCAGUUUGGCGAGAGGAGCAAUCAAAGUUGAAACCUGUGAGAACCGAGCUCGGUCUAAAAGAAGCCGAAGCCUCCACUGAGCAACGUAAGCCUGGAUUCACGUCCUGGCCUUCCUCAGACGUCUCCGUGGUCGCGACGAGGCCUCCCUCGGCCCCAGCAUCCGCUGUACCUCCCGUUAGCGUUGCUCUGUUUGAUCCUGCGCACGUCACGAAAGUCUCUCCACAGAAACCUCCGCCUGCCUCUGGAAACCACGGUCUUGAACAUGGGAGUCACUCGCCUGUGAAAUCCCCACCCAGACGGCCGGCUGUGCAACCCAUUUGCUUUCCGCCAACCACCCCAGCCAAUCAUGGAAGCCCGUCAGGUGCUAAAAAGGGAAAGUAUUUGUCACCCACCAACGCCUCCAGGACUGAAAUGAGGUCACCCUCCGCGAAGUCAUAUCAUAUCCCGGCAGAGCAGAUUGAGACGGAGCUGAGUGAUAUUGAGACAAACUUGGCCCAGCUGGAGAAGGAAGGUGUGGAGCUGGAGAAGAGGCUCCGCAGCUGUGAGGAAGAGGGAGAGGGAGACAUACUGAUGGACCCACUGAUGGUCGACUGGUUCAACCUGAUUCGGAAGAAGCAGAUGUACAUUAGAAAGGAAUCGGAGCUCGUUUACACAGCCAGGACUCAGGAGCUGGAGCAGCAGCAGCCAGGUGUGGAGGGCGAACUCCGCAGGCUGCUGGAGAAGCCAGAUCAUCUGAAGUCCAGAGACGAGCGACGGCGGGAGACGACGUUGAUGCAGAGACUGAUGGAGAUUGUGAACGGCAGAAAUGCGAUCGUGGAGGGUCUGGACGAGGACAGGCUGAGGGAAGUGGAGGAGGAUCAGCAGUUGAAUGAAAUGAUGAAAAAUCUUGGAGUAAAGAAAAGCAAAAAUAAGAGGAAAUCCUCCAUCUCAAAACUGUUCAGACGAAGAAGUAAAAGACGCGUGGAAUGAUCCUCGAGGGUUUUAUUUGUUUUAACUAAACUUAAUUAUUUUUUAAUUGUUUUAAUAUUCUUUAUAUAUUUUUGAAGGUUUUUAUAUUUAGGUGCAGCAGUAUGUAGUGUGCUAAUAAGAAGGCAAAGGACAAGAUGUCAAAUCAGGAAAUAUAAAGGCUCAAAUCAUGUGGUUUGUUUUUUUUGAAAAAAAUGUUAUUUUGGUUUCACCUUCACCUUGAAGAUUCACCUUCAGUUCCCAGUUAAUUGUGUUUUUAUUGUGGUGCAAAAUUUCUGUAUAGUUCAUGAUUUAAUCUUUCCUUUAUUUUCCACAAGGGGUGUAAUUUUUUUUCACAAUUGUUUUGUCACGGUAAUACAAAAGGGGUGUUUAAUUACAUGGCAAAUGCUGCCAUGAAAGUUUCCCUUAUAUUAAUUAAACGUCAAUGUCACAAGAAAUACCACCAUUUAUAUGAUAAGUAUGUAAUGUAAAAAAUACUGGUGUAUUUAUUUAAUUAUUGGAAUGAGGUGUCUAAUUCAUAAGUUCGGCAAAUUCAAAUGCACUUGGUCAAAAAACAAAAACCUGGAUGCUGGGAGUUUCAUAUUAACCAUCAUGAUGUGUGAAUUACAAAGGGGAGCACUGGCUGCUCCACGUGCAAAAUGGGAAUGAGGAGAAUAAAUGUGUAAAUCCUUCAACGGUCUCGAAAUCCGAAAUGAAAUUAGUUCCGUAUUUAUUCAAUAAUGGAUUUUAACAAAUUUCCUGUAAGGAUAUUAGCAGGAGGGGGAAAAAAAGGGGCCUUGACAAUUAAGUUUGAAUGGCUGUGGAGUGUAAAAUAAGGAGCCACACAUGUUGAGCUGCCUUGUUGCAGACGGCCGUUUCCUCUCCCACACUGUACUGUAGGUGGCAGCCUGGGUAUGCUGUAUCGCAGGGCGACAACUUGGAAAUCCAAUUUGCCACAGUACAGACAGUUAAUUUCUUUGCUAAUUUUAUAAAUGCUGCAAAAGUGUUCGGCUGUGCUGAUGCAAUAAUGUUAUGUGAAAAGAGGAUUAGGUCGAGCAGUAGCUUAUGGCCGGGUGAGGCUUAUAAACUAUAGGUUGUAUUGAGCCCUUUAUCUUCAAACCUGGUUUAAUUAAACAUUACUCUUUACCAAUAUCUGCAUCAGAAUUCCGCUGCACCUGAGCUAUUAAAAUGUUCAAACGACGUGCGGAGUCACUUGUGAGGAAAAUGGCCUUCGCUGUGUUUGCGGGGGACUGUACUGUAAUGUUGCAUUUUAGGAGUGUUAUUGAAUGGUUUGUACUCGUACUCUAUAUUUUUAAACUUGAAAUCUGUUGUCCAAUAAAUCCUUUGAAGCUUA